CAUGACAGCUUUUCUACCAAUCAAAGACUUCAAAGUUCUAUGCCAAUGCCAUAGCAUCAAGCUAGCCAAAAGCUGUCAGUUUGUGUAAAAUUGACAAUCUAUCCCGAUUUCUCGCUAUGAUUUUCGUGUAAAAUAAUGAUUAUUUAAAUUGAACUUAGCUUGUAAGGUAGCUUAAUUAAAUUAUAAUUAAAAUGUCUACGCUUAAGAUAUGUAGAAUAUGCCUGCGGACCGGUGCCAAGAUGUACAAGUUCGAUCGAUUCCAGUUGCUAUAUUUUUAUGAACAAGUUAUGUCUCUCAAAGUGAAUGAAAAAGAUGGGCUACCACAAUACUUCUGCUAUGAAUGUGCAUCACUGCUUCAGAAGUUUCAUGAGUUUAAAGAAAAGUGCUUCAGAGGGCUGAUCGCUUUGAAGAAAAUGCUGUGGAAAGGCCAGAUCACAUAUAAAGCAGUAGACAAUGUAGACAGAUUGUCUAUCAAACUACUGUCUCCGUACGAUGUUCUUACUGUCUCAAAACGAGUGAAAACAGUUUCAACCAUAGAGAAGCAAGAAAUAGACGAAAUCAAGGAUGAAGACGAUGAUGUAUCACAAAAAGAAGACAACACAGUCUCAGAUAGCGACAGAAGUUAUAGAGACGAGAUAGUAGAAGUUAAGAAGCGUAAAGUGAAGCGAAAAAAAAGCUUAACACCGGACUUUGAAAACGAUGAAGAACAUAUAAAAGAUCAUAAAGAAGAGAGUAAAAGUACUUUCUUUGAUGGUGAUAGUGACAAGGAAGAAGAAAAAGUUAAAAGCCAUAAAACUAAAUCGAAAAGCCGAAAAAGUUUAAUAGACAAAGAUAGAGAAAAGCCAUUAAGAGAUAGGGAAGCUAAACGUAAGAAGAAAUCGUUUUACGAAAGCGAUUUGGAGGAAGAUUUUACAACGGAAUGUAAAGUUAAGAGCCGAGAGAGUUCUGUGUCAGACUUUGGUGAUAUUACACUGAUAGAUAACGAACCUGCAAUAUACGUUGAAGAGAAGCCGAUGCAUAGUGACACAGAGCUGGAUAUAACAUUCGAAGAUGGCAGCAAACCGAGCAGCUCAACUACAAUAUUUGUGGAUGAGAAGAAAGAAAUUCCGCCUAAGAAAGAGUCAAAGGAAAAAGUUAAAGGUACAAAAGGUCCAAAGAAGACCAAAUGGAAUGCUAAGAAUAAGGUGUUGGAAUCAGGUAAUUGGAAGAAGUAUAGUUUGACGGAGCAGGAAGCCUUGGAGCAGUUCCGAGCAAAGGCAGUUGAUCCGAAAUAUAUUGCAGCUCCGUUCAAGUGUGCGGACUGUUUCAAGGGUUUCUCGAAGGAGGAGAUAUUGAAGAGGCACAGGCGUUUGCAUGAUGCAGCGAUCGGCAACUUCGAGUGUCGCUUCUGCCGCAUGCGGUUCAAGAUUGACUGCCGCUUGCGCAAGCACAUGCGCGCUCAUUAUACCAAGUACGAGUGUCUGCGGUGUAACCUCAUCUGCCCUAUCGAACUAACGGCAUUGCUUCACGAAGAACUGCACAACGGUGUUGUGAAGAAAUGUGAACAGUGCAACGAAGAGUUCAGACAUAGGUCAACAUACUACACGCACAUGCGCACACAUCGUAGCGAGCACGUUUGCACGCUAUGCGGCGCGUCGUUCGUCAGCCCGGCCGGCCUGCACCAGCACAAGAAGAAGAAGCACUUCGACAGCGAGCCUUGCACGCUAUGCGGCGCGUCGUUCGUCAGCCCGGCCGGCCUGCACCAGCACAAGAAGAAGAAGCACUUCGACAGCGAGCCUUGCACGCUAUGCGGCGCGUCGUUCGUCAGCCCGGCCGGCCUGCACCAGCACAAGAAGAAGAAGCACUUCGACAGCGAGCCUUGCACGCUAUGCGGCGCGUCGUUCGUCAGCCCGGCCGGCCUGCACCAGCACAAGAAGAAGAAGCACUUCGACAGCGAGCCUUGCACGCUAUGCGGCGCGUCGUUCGUCAGCCCGGCCGGCCUGCACCAGCACAAGAAGAAGAAGCACUUCGACAGCGAGCCUUGCACGCUAUGCGGCGCGUCGUUCGUCAGCCCGGCCGGCCUGCACCAGCACAAGAAGAAGAAGCACUUCGACAGCGAGCCUUGCACGCUAUGCGGCGCGUCGUUCGUCAGCCCGGCCGGCCUGCACCAGCACAAGAAGAAGAAGCACUUCGACAGCGAGCCUUGCACGCUAUGCGGCGCGUCGUUCGUCAGCCCGGCCGGCCUGCACCAGCACAAGAAGAAGAAGCACUUCGACAGCGAGCCUUGCACGCUAUGCGGCGCGUCGUUCGUCAGCCCGGCCGGCCUGCACCAGCACAAGAAGAAGAAGCACUUCGACAGCGAGCCUUGCACGCUAUGCGGCGCGUCGUUCGUCAGCCCGGCCGGCCUGCACCAGCACAAGAAGAAGAAGCACUUCGACAGCGAGCCUUGCACGCUAUGCGGCGCGUCGUUCGUCAGCCCGGCCGGCCUGCACCAGCACAAGAAGAAGAAGCACUUCGACAGCGAGCCUUGCACGCUAUGCGGCGCGUCGUUCGUCAGCCCGGCCGGCCUGCACCAGCACAAGAAGAAGAAGCACUUCGACAGCGAGCCUUGCACGCUAUGCGGCGCGUCGUUCGUCAGCCCGGCCGGCCUGCACCAGCACAAGAAGAAGAAGCACUUCGACAGCGAGCCUUGCACGCUAUGCGGCGCGUCGUUCGUCAGCCCGGCCGGCCUGCACCAGCACAAGAAGAAGAAGCACUUCGACAGCGAGCCUUGCACACUAUGCGGCGCGUCGUUCGUCAGCCCGGCCGGCCUGCACCAGCACAAGAAGAAGAAGCACUUCGACAGCGAGCCUUGCACGCUAUGCGGCGCGUCGUUCGUCAGCCCGGCCGGCCUGCACCAGCACAAGAAGAAGAAGCACUUCGACAGCGAGCCUUGCACGCUAUGCGGCGCGUCGUUCGUCAGCCCGGCCGGCCUGCACCAGCACAAGAAGAAGAAGCACUUCGACAGCGAGCCUUGCACGCUAUGCGGCGCGUCGUUCGUCAGCCCGGCCGGCCUGCACCAGCACAAGAAGAAGAAGCACUUCGACAGCGAGCCUUGCACGCUAUGCGGCGCGUCGUUCGUCAGCCCGGCCGGCCUGCACCAGCACAAGAAGAAGAAGCACUUCGACAGCGAGCCUUGCACGCUAUGCGGCGCGUCGUUCGUCAGCCCGGCCGGCCUGCACCAGCACAAGAAGAAGAAGCACUUCGACAGCGAGCCUGUGAGUAUAUGUGAUACGACACGACACUACACGACACGACACUACACGACACGACACUAG